AUGUCCGAUUCAUCAUCAUCAUCAUCGCUUCUAAUACCCAAAACAUCAUCAUCAUCAUCUUCUUCUUCUUCUUCUUCGUCACCGGAAUCAAUGGCGGACAAAACAUUCAAAGGCCUCGGCAGUCUCCUAAAGCUACUCCCGACAGGAACAGUGUUCGUAUUCCAGUUCCUAAACCCCAUAGUCACAAACGCCGGAAAAUGCUCCCCGGCGAACAAAGCCAUCACCGGAGUCCUCAUCGGCCUCUGCGGCUUCUCCUGCGCCGUCUCCUGCUUCACGGACAGUUUCAAAGGCGCCGACGGGAAAAGAAACUACGGGUUCGCCACCAAGAAGGGUCUAUGGACAUAUGCCGAAGCUGCAGGAACGGAAGUAGACCUGUCCAAAUACAAACUGAACGUUGGAGAUUACGUCCAUGCAUUGCUCGCUGUAUCUGUAUUUGCUGUAAUAUCGCUGUUGGAUGGCAAUACGAUGCGUUGCUUCUAUCCGGGGUUCGAGGAAACGCAGAAGGCUUUGGUAAUGGCUCUGCCGCCGGUGGUCGGAGUUGUGUCGGGAAGCGUAUUCGCUAUGUUUCCGAGCAAACGCCAUGGAAUAGGGUACCCUCCGGCUGGCGACGAAGCUAAUGAGUCCAAGAUUUCUCCCUAAAGUGUGUUGUCAUUAUUAUUGCAUUGUUUUCGCUAUGUAAGAAAGAAAACAAAAACUUCACCUUCUUGUGAUUAAGAAAAAAUCUCAAAUAAUUAUUAUUA